AGCCAAGAAUUGGUGGAGUUUGAUGACGGAUGGUUCCAUCCCAACCGCAAGGCCGUCACCACCCUUUCAUUACUAGAGUGUUACAAGCAUAUUUCCUUGUAAUCUUAGACAAAUUUAAGAAGAAAGCUCGGUUCUGAGUUAUUGCGGGGUGAAAUAAUGUCGGCAGUGUACGAAAGAAAGGAAGGGGAAAAGCCCACGAAGGGACCCGAGAGGAAGAAGGAGAGCGAGAGGACGGCAAACAUGGCGGCGGCAGCGGCGUCCCCCACCCACCGCGCCUCCCUUCAGGCGACGUCGACCCCGCCGUACCCCAGCGCGGCCCGGAUCGCUGAUUCCUCCUGCUUCCCCCAGUACACCGCCUCCCUCAAGUGUUUGGAGACCAGCCAAGACAAGAGCAAGUGCCAGCAGCAGUUUGACGAUUACAAGGAGUGCAAGAAGAAAGAGAGGGAGGCUCGGCUUGAACGAAACCGGAGCCGGACAUUAUUCGGGUGAACAUUGGAGGAGCACUGUGCAGUGAACCGAAGAGUUAAUCCUGGCGAAACCAUGACGUGUUUGAUCUCCUGAUGUUACUUUUAAGUUAUUGAAGUUAGAAAAUAGUCGAGCACUCUGGGUUCAGAGAGAUGUAAGAACAAGAUGGCACUAGAAAAUCUCUACAAUAAAUUGCUACUCCCAGAAACGACUGUACAUUGAAAGCCUGAAACCGCGUUGUCUUGACGUGGGGUCCUGAUGUUUGUAUUUCGAUGAUGUUUGUUGAUUCUCUGGUAUGUAUAUUUAAUUCUAACGAA